CAUAUGUUGCUGCUUACCAUCAAGUACUACAUGCUAGUUUUAUGUAUGGAAAUGGAACUAUAGUAUUUUCCUCUACUCCUACAUGCAUAUGUACUUUGAGCAUGGACAUAUUUGUAUUUUAGUAACUUUUAUAAUGCAUACAUAUUCCAACACAACACAGUGCUUCAUGCAGCAUUUGUUCAUUUAUGAGUUUUCUAUUGAAGGUUGUGACUCACGAGCCAUGCUUCAAUAGAGCAUUGUUCCACGCAGCACUUCUACAUCAGUUAUAACUUCACCAGAAGAAUAUAUUCCCAUAAAUUUUGCUUAUUGUUUCUUCUCAGUCUUCAUCCUCUCCUUGAUGAAUCCUUUCAUGACUACUCGGUCACAAGUAACUGCUAACCCUACCAUGAUUCUCCAUGUAUAUUUCAAAUUUUAAAAAGGUUUAUAAAUCUUAAUAUUGCUU